AUGUCAUCACCAGGUAAUUAUGCAAAAGGAUAUGUACGUUCGACAGCUGGUGGUAAAAGGGUCAUGUGGGAUGGUGCCCGUUGGCAACAAUUAUGUCAAAUAGAGAAAUGUUUUAAACGCGACCAGAAGUCUCAAGGCGUUUGUCUUAUACAUUAUCGUGAGCAACAAGAGGCUAAAACAAAAAAUAAAAAUAAAAAAUUUAAGCAAGAAGAAAAACCAGAAAAAAUUAAAUUGACGAAAGACAAAAAAUCUAAUUCUACUAAAAGAACCUCCAUAUCAACUCGACCAAGACGGAUUAAGUCGACUAACUCAAUUAAUGAUUCAACAAAGGCUUUUGACAACGAUUAUCAAAACUCUGAUAUAGAUAUUUCAUAUUCAGAAAUCACUGAAAGAAAAUCAUCAACUUCAAAUAUCAAUGCGACAAAAUCUCAGAAACCAUCGAGUACACUAGUACUCGUUUGCUCAUCACUAACUCGUCAACAAAUCUCACAAGUGGAAUUAUUCUGUAGUCGGUUUUGUGCUCGUCUAUCAAAUCAAAUUGAUGAAACAACCACACAUUUAAUAGCAAGUGAAGUUGAACAACGUAUAUGUUGUUUAACAAAGAAAGUUUUCUUUGCUGUGGCCUAUCAUCAAUAUGUUAUUGGUUAUCAAUGGAUUGAAGAAUGUCUUAAUAAGCAAUGUCUUUUGAAUGAAGAUUCCUAUGAAAUCACUGGCGAUGCAUCAUUAUCAGGACAACAUAAUGGUAUGAAUCGUUCACGUUUAACGCGUCAACCCAUAUUUAAAUCUUACCCAUAUGCCAUUGCUGUUGAAUGUUCAAUUGGUUGUCAACAAGGAAUGUUUACACGAAUAGAACUUGAAAAUCUUGUGGAAUUAUCUGGUGCGACUAUAUUAAGAGAUCAAAAUCGACAACAAUUAGAUAUGAAUAUCACAAUAGUUGUGCUCUGUGAUGACGACGAUAAAGCGGUCGUUAAAAAGUAUAUUGGUGUAAAAAAUAAAAUCUACUAUGUUAUACCAGAAUUUUUUCUUGAUUCAGUUGUACUAUAUGAAGUACAACCGAUAAAAGGUUAUGAAUUACUGUAUCAGAUAGAAUAA